UCAGGAGAUUUGUUUCUCCAAACGCGCCCACUCUUAAACCCUAAAUCCCCCUCUUCAAAGUACUCAGCUCUCUCUGCUUUAUUCGAGGCCUGCCGUCCUUUGUAUUUCUUCGUCGGACCUAGCCGUCGUCCCUUUCGUCCCCAACUAAGCUUCUGCAUCUUCGACACCGUUCUCUGUCUGUUCUUUACCCUCGGGAUAUCGAGAAGUGCUUGCCACCACGAGCGGCCAUCAGAGCCAUGGAGCAGCCGCACAAAGAGCACAGGGCUCGCCAAGCUGGCUCUUCGGCGAGGAAGAAGAAGGGGAAGUCUGAUAAAAAUAAGCAAGAUAAUAAGCAAAACCCUAAGGCGUUUGCUUUUACUUCAUCUGUGAAAACAAAGAGAUUGCAGUCGCGAGCUGUUGAGAAAGAGCAACGCAGGCUUCACGUUCCAACUAUAGACCGUUCUUAUGGUGAACCGCUUCCAUAUGUUGUGGUAGUCCAGGGACCACCUCAGGUUGGCAAGUCUUUGGUAAUAAAGUCUCUCAUAAAGCACUAUACUAAGCAUAAUAUUCCAGAGGUCCAAGGACCGAUAACUAUUGUAUCAGGUAAACAAAGGCGACUACAAUUUGUAGAGUGCCCUAAUGAUAUCAAUGGCAUGAUUGAUUGUGCAAAGGUUGCUGACUUGGCACUGCUUCUAAUAGAUGGAAGUUACGGGUUUGAAAUGGAAACCUUUGAAUUUCUCAAUUUAAUGCAAAAUCAUGGAAUGCCAAGAGUAAUGGGAGUUCUUACUCACCUUGAUACAUUCAAGGAUGUGAAGAAGUUGAGAAAAACAAAGCAGCGUCUCAAGCAUCGUUUCUGGACAGAAAUUUAUGAUGGAGCAAAAUUAUUUUAUUUAUCAGGUCUCAUUCAUGGGAAAUACUCAAAACGUGAGAUUCACAAUCUUGCACGAUUCAUCUCUGUUAUGAAGUUUCCUCCUUUGUCAUGGAGAACUUCUCAUCCUUACAUUUUGGCCGAUCGUUUUGAAGAUGUCACUCCUCCUGAGAGAGUGCAGAUGAAUAAGAAAUGUGACAGAAAUGUCACACUUUAUGGUUACUUGCGAGGUUGUAAUUUGAAAAAGGGAACUAAGGUGCAUAUUGCUGGUGUUGGGGAUUAUAAUAUAGCUGGUGUUACAAGCUUAGCUGAUCCGUGUCCUUUACCAUCUGCUGCGAAAAAGAAGGGUCUCCGUGACAAGGAAAAGCUUUUUUAUGCACCCAUGUCUGGACUUGGGGAUCUUCUGUAUGACAAGGAUGCUGUCUAUAUAAACAUAAACGACCACCUCGUUCAGUUUUCUAGAGUUGAUGACGAAAAUAGAAAAACUAUCCGGAAAGGGAAGGAUCAAGAUGUGGGUGAGGUGCUGGUAAAGUCACUUCAAAACACAAAAUAUUCAAUUGAUGAGAAGUUGGAGAAGAGCUUCAUUAAUCUUUUCAGUCAGAAACCUAAUACCUCAUCAGAAACUUUAAAUGAUGCAAAAGACACUGAUGAACAAUCUGGGGCAGGAAUUAAGAAUGAUGGUUUUGGAGAUGAACAUAUUGAUGAUGUCCUGGAUGAUUUAGAGUACUCUGAACAAGAUGAAGACGUUAAAAAUGAUGAAAUUAUUGCAAGUGGAAGUUGUGGUUCUGAUGAAGAUGACUUGAAGGAACAUGUAGAAUUUAAUAAUGGAAGGCUGCGGAGAAAAGCUGUUCUUGGAAACAACAUUGAUAGUAGUGAUUUGAAGGAUGAGGGUGAUGAGGAUGAUGAGGAUGAGGAUGAUGACAAAGAUGAUAAUGUAGAUAAUCAUUCAUCUUCUGGCUCAGAUUUUUCAGAUGGAGAGGAUGAUCAAAUAGAUGAUGGCUUGGGGAAUAUAUCAAAGUGGAAAGAGUCGUUGUUGGAGAGGACUGUCUCAAGACAAAAUAUCAAUCUCAUGCAGCUUGUAUACGGGAAAUCUGCGCCAACAUCACUAACACAUUCCAAUGGAGUUCAAGACAGUAGUGAGGACGAAGAAAGUGAUGACGAUGAAUUCUUUCGACCUAAGGGCGAAGGGAAUAAGAAGUUGAGAGAAGGACUUGAUAAUGAAGAUAUCAAUGCUGAAGAUUGUUCCAAAUUUAGAAGCUAUGAAAAUAUAAAAAACUGGAAAGAGGAGGAAAUAUAUGAAAACAUACGAGAUCGUUUUGUCACGGGUGAUUGGUCGAAAGCUGCUCGCAGAAAUCAAGGAACAGACAGUAACUUUGAGGAUGAUGAGGACGAUGAUGUAUAUGGUGACUUUGAAGAUUUAGAAACUGGUGAGAAUCAUGAGAGCCAUCCUAAAGAUGAUUCUAGAAAUGGUACCAUCCAGAAUGAAGAUGAAUCAGCAAUUGAGGAGCGGAGGUUGAAGAAGCUUGCACUUCGUGCAAAAUUUGAUGCUCAGUAUGAUGGAUCUGAUUCAGCAGAUGAGGAAAUUGAAAAUAAACAGGGGGCCAAGUUUCAUCGUGGUCAACCCAAUGAAGUUGGACUUGUUGACAAGAUGAAAGAGGAGAUUGAACUUCGGAAACAAAUGAACAUAUCUGAACUCAAUGAUCUUGAUGAGGUCACUCGAUUAGAGAUUGAAGGCUUUCGGACUGGGACAUAUGUAAGAUUGGAGAUGCAUGGUGUCCCUUUUGAGAUGGUCGAAUACUUUGAUCCCUUUCAUCCAAUUUUGGUUGGAGGAAUUGGCCUUGGUGAGGAAAAUGUUGGAUACAUGCAAGCUAGGUUAAAGCGACACAGAUGGCACAGGAAGGUACUGAAGACUAGGGAUCCUAUAAUAGUUUCUAUUGGUUGGAGACGGUUCCAGACUGUACCUGUUUAUGCCAUUGAGGACCCGAAUGGGAGGCAUCGUAUGCUGAAGUACACUCCAGAACACAUGCAUUGCCUGGCCAUGUUUUGGGGUCCUCUUGCCCCUCCUCACACUGGGUUGGUUGCUGUCCAGAAUUUGUCUAACAAUCAGGCUGCAUUUAGGAUCACAGCCACAGCAGUUAUACUUGAAUUCAAUCAUGAAGCAAAGAUAAAGAAGAAAAUUAAACUGGUGGGUUAUCCAUGCAAGAUAUUCAAAAAGACAGCACUUAUCAAGGAUAUGUUCACUUCUGAUCUUGAAGUAGCUCAAUGUGAGGGUAAAGAGGUUCGGACUGUCAGUGGAAUCCGUGGACAAGUGAAAAAGGCCGCAAAAGAGGAGAUUGGUAACAAUCCGAAAAAGAAGGGAGGGCAAACUAGAGAAGGGAUUGCUAGGUGCACCUUUGAGGACAGAAUUCUGAUGAGUGACAUUGUUUUCAUGCGUGGAUGGGCUGAUGUUGAAGUUCCUCGCUUUUUCAACCCACUGACCACAGCCUUGCAACCUCGUGAUAAAACUUGGCGAGGAAUGAAAACCGUGGCUCAGUUGCGGAGAGAAAACAAUCUUUCUAUUCCUGUUAACAAGGAUUCACUUUACAAGCCGAUUGAAAGGAAACAAAGGAACUUCAACCCAUUGGUGAUUCCAAAGACAUUACAGGUGGCUCUCCCAUUUGAAUCAAAGCCCAAGGAUAUACCUAGCCGGAAGCGGCCACUUCUUGAAAAUAGAAGAGCUGUAAUAAUGGAGCCUCAUGAGAGAAAAGUUCAUACUCUUGUUCAACAUCUUCAAUUAAUUAGAAAUGAGAAGAUGAAGAAACGGAAGCUCAAGGCGGAGCAGAAGAGAAAGGAACUUGAAGCAGAGAAAGCUAAGGACGAACAAUUAACAAGAAAGCGGCAGAGAGAAGAAAGGCGGGAGAGAUACCGUGAGCAAGAUAAACUAAACAAGAAGAUUCGGAGACAUUCAGAGGCCUGAUUUUCCCAACUACAAAUGUUAAUCUUGUCAUUCUGGCUCAGGCAAAUCUGAUCAAUGAAAGGUCAACUGUGGUGCACAAAAUGACUUCUCAAGAAUGGUAAAUGCUGAACCUUGCAAUCCUUUGCUGUGGUAUCCCUUAAGGGCGAUCCUUGACAGCAAGUCUGGUUGAGCUUGGUCAAAAUCAAUUCAUGGCCAUUGAUUUGUUGUUAAAGCACCAAUAUCAACGAAGAUGGACCAGAAGAUCAAGCCUCUUGACCCCUUCCAUUGACAUUUAAAAUGAACUCGAGCAACUUUCAGGAGUUGUACUAUAUUGUGUUGUAAUUGUAACUAUGUAGGUACAUCAUAUUAACAUUUUUAUGUCUGAGAGUAGUUUUUUGUCCACUCAGGACAAAAUAUUAUUUUCUGAGGCUUGAGAUGUGAAAGAGGAAAGUUACAAAAGUUUGUGAAAGAUAAGUUAGAUACAAUCUGAAAAGAAUUAUCUAUUUCAAUGGUACGAAACUAAGUAUCUUUGCAGCGUCCUUAA